AUGCGCAUUUCUUGGAUCAUCACUUUACCUGGACUUUUGUCAAUUGUGUCAGCGCUGGCAAUCCAAAAACGAGAUGCAGACUUCUACAGUGUGCGCACCAAGCUGAAUAAGGAUAUGAGUGGGAGAAGAGGUGAUCCAAGUGGGAAAUACUUUCAUGAGAGUGUCUUCCAUCCACAUUAUGAUGGCCGCUUCGCCGACAAGCAAUUGGGAUAUAGAGAACGCAGACAAGCACUUUCGAAUCUCAUUCAAACCUACCUAGCUACUUUCUCAGAUAUCGGGGUGGAAACAUGGCUUAUGCAUGGCACGUUACUGGGUUGGUGGUGGAAUCGUAAGAUUUUACCAUGGGAUUCCGACUCCGAUGUCCAAGUUACCGAAGCCUCCAUGCACUUUCUUGCCUCUUACUACAACAUGACGGUUUUCCACUACAAAUCUCCGCGUAUCCCAGAAGGUCGAGAUUAUAUGCUAGAGAUCAACCCUCAUUAUGUCAACAGAGAGCAAUCGGACAAGUUGAAUGUCAUUGACGCGCGAUGGGUCGAUACUACGAGUGGACUUUUCAUUGAUAUUACAACUGCGAGAUACAACUACACACAUCCAGCCGGAGAAGGAAUGAUGAGCUGCAAGGAUGGCCAUGAAUACAGAGACACCUACAUCUUCCCAUUGCGGGACACAUUCUUCGAGGGUGCGCCCGCCAAAAUUCCAUUUGCGUACAAGGAGAUUUUGGAGGCGGAAUACCAUGAAAAAUCGCUGACCUUGACGGACUUUGAGGGCCACCAUUUUGACGAUGAUAAAAUGGAAUGGAUCCCUGUGAAGCAAGACAUCCAGAUACCAAUGGAACCACCGAAGGCAGCUCAACCACCGCCUAAAACCGAGGCGCAGAAGGCAGAGGAGACCAAGCAAGCCGCAGAAAACGCGAAGAAACUGGAGGAAGCAAAGAAAGCUGCCGAUGAAGCGAUAGAUAAAGCGAAAAAACAAGAGGGAGCACAGAAAGCUUCAGAUGAGGCGAUAGAGAAAGCGAAGAAACUAGAGGGAGCACAGAAAGCUUCAGAUGAGGCGAUAGAGAAAGCGAAGAAACUAGAGGAAGCACAAAAAGCUACAGAGGAGGCCAAAGAGAAAUCGAAACAACAAGCUGCCAAGGACGCACAACAAAAUGAUACACCACCUGUAAGCAAACAGCCAGCCAAAGAAGAACAACAUCAACCAAUAUCUCAUGAUGCAUCCGAACCUCCACCAGCUCAGCGAGCCGCAGAGAACAAGAUAUUCACCGCAGCCGAGAAAAAGGCCAAAAAGGUACAAAAAGCUGAAGAAAAACGUAAACAGGACGAACAAAAGGUCGCCGAUGCGAGAAAGAAACAAGAGGAGAAGAUGAAGGGUUAA